UGACAGCCCAGGCCACGCUGGCCCUGCGUGUGGGACUGCGGCCGGCGGCCCUGUAAAUAGCGGCCACGAGGCUUCCGGGCUCAGUGUCCUCGUGGGUCCCUGACGGUCAGGACGCCCCUUUGCCUGGUGUGCACCUCAGGAGUCAGUGUCCUGCCAGCACUCAUCAUGAGGAAGGAUCUGGCCCUAAUUGGCCUGGCCUUCCUGUCGCUGGUCCCAUCUGGAGACCCUCAGCAGACGGCGGACGACGCCUGCUCCGUGCAGAUCCUCGUCCCGGGCCUGAAAGGGGACUCCGGAGAGAAGGGAGACAAAGGCGCACCAGGACGGCCGGGAAGAGUGGGCCCCACAGGAGAAAAAGGAGACAUGGGGGACAAAGGACAGAAAGGCAGUGUGGGCCGCCAUGGAAAAAUCGGUCCCAUUGGUUCUAAAGGUGAAAAAGGAGAUUCUGGUGACAUAGGACCCCCUGGCCCUAAUGGAGAACCUGGUGUCCCGUGCGAGUGCAGCCAGCUGCGGAAGGCCAUCGGGGAGAUGGAUAACCAGGUCACCCAGCUGACCGCCGAGCUCAAGUUCAUAAAAAACGCCGUUGCCGGCGUGCGCGAGACGGAGAGCAAGCUCUACCUGCUGGUGAAGGAGGAGAAGAGGUACGCGGACGCGCAGCUGUCCUGCCAGGGCCGCGGGGGCACGCUGAGCAUGCCCAAGGACGAGGCCACCAACAGCCUGAUGGCCGCCUACAUCGCGCAGGCCGGCCUGGCCCGCGUCUUCAUCGGCAUCAACGACCUGGAGCGGGAGGGCGCGUUCGUCUACGCGGACCGCUCCCCCAUGCAGACCUUCCACAAGUGGCGCGGCGGCGAGCCCAACAACGCCUACGAGGACGAGGACUGCGUGGAGAUGGAGGCCUCGGGGGGCUGGAACGACGUGGCCUGCCACAUCACCAUGCACUUCAUGUGCGAGUUCGACAAGGAGCACGUGUGACGCCGGCCGGCCGCGGAGUGCAGAGCUCGGGCAGCGCGGCCGCGCGGGCGCCCGGGGCCGUGUUCUCUGAACCUCGGGGAGCCGGUGUGCUUAGGAGGAAACGCUUCUGGGCAUCCCUUCUGAAGGAGCAGUUUUCUUACUUGUAUUGUAGCCAAAUGUUCACUAUGUCAUGAUUACGCAGGGCUGCUGCUGCCUUUGUCCAAACUACCAAAUGAAACCCUGAGAUGUGACAACAGUUAGGACGGCCGUGGUGUCGUCUCACGAAACCGUCUUCCUUUUAACUUCCAUAGGAAGAGAACCCACUCGUGACAACACUGACCAGUGUUCCUGGAGUUUAUACUAAAAUACACAUUCCUUUUCACUAUUAGCCAAGUAGGAAUAAUUUUGCUUUGCUGCAAACCCAGAUUUCAGGAAAAACAAAAAUAAAUACUCCA